AUGCCGAAGAAGAACCCCAAGUCGAAACGUGCGGCCGCGAAAUCCGCCGCGCAACGCGCGGAAGAUGACGAGCCGCCGCCGCUAUCCAUCGCGACGGUCGCUCGCGCCGCUUCCGAAGCCGUGCCGGCAGACCUGAUGUCCGCUGCGGAAUCGAUGUCCGCGGAUCGACUGCGCGCCGACGGCGUUAUUUCCGCCCUCCCCGCAAUCUCCGUCUCCGGCGGCGCCGCCGCGGUUUCCGCCGCAAAUGACGGCGCCGGCGUCGCCAUUGCCGUCGGCAGCCGUUCCAGAAGCCUGUCCGUCUCCCCUGCCGGCAGUCCGUCGGCCGUCACUGCCGCCGCAACAGCCGCGGCGGGAAUUGGAUUCACAGCUAAGAGUAACCUCGCAGCGAAGGCGGGCUUAACUCCUAGUCCCAGCGCCAGCGCCAGCGCCGGCGGCGGAAGCGGAAGCGGCGGCAGUGGCGGGGGAACGGGGAGGAAGCUCCGCGUGGGGCGGCAGCGAUCGUGGCUGCCACGUGGCAGCAGCCCGUCAGCGUCGCAAGCAGCAUCUGCCAGCUCACCUUUCACAUCAGCCCCUUGGUUGAUGUGUCGGUUCCGCCUCACCACUCUCCUCGAAGUCGCCUUCUCCUUCCUCCUCCUCUUCGUCACCCUUCUGCUGCACCGAAACGGCUGCCUCUCCCCCUCCUCCCCCGCCUUCCCCCUCUGCUGGCGCAACCUGGCUGCAGCUGCUGCAUUGAUGGGGCAAGGUGGGGAGGAGGGGAGAGGUGGGGGGACGGAAUUACAACAGCCAGGAGCAGGGGAAAUUCCAACCACAGGAAUCGAGCCAGAGGGAGGGGAAACGGGAGGGGAAGGGGGAGGUCAGGGGGAAGGGGGAGGUGAGGGGGAAGGGGAGGCGCAGCAUGGGGGGAGGAGAGGGGGAGACGAGUGGGUGCUGCGGCCUGAUGAGAAGUUCAUGUGGUUCGCCAGCCAUGGGGGCUUUGGUAACCAGGUGAUUCAGUUGGUGUGGGGCCUUCGCCUUGCUGGCCUUCUCAACCGGACGCUCAUCAUCCCACCUAAGCUCUCCCACUUCGCCAAGUCAUCUGGCAUCGGCCGGUGCGAUCGAAACCCCACCAAGCCAGACAGGACACGGCAUGACGCGUGGGGGCACUACUCUGACAUGAUGCGCGGAGGCAAGGGCUAUGUGUCCAUGGCUGAUAUCCUUGAUUUCAAGACUCUGCCGCCCGCUCUCAUCCGAACCAUCGAUCUGCGGCACUUUGCUGCCCGGUUCUGCCACUGUGACGUGGCACCCGCCUGCUACGGUGGCGCGUGCCGGCAGCUUACGCAUGGGAGGCACCACGACCCCCACUCACGUAAGGCGAUCCCUUCUCCACGCCUCCAGUCGUCUUCGCAGUGA